AUGGCGGGUGUCGCGCCGCACCGGCGUUUUGUGUCUGUAGAACUGCCCUUCUGCCUCCCUGUGACGACGAUGUCGUCUUCAUCGCCGUUGCGGUGCGGGCUGGAGGAAACUGAGCGUCAGAUGGUGGAAGCCUUUCUUCCCCCCUCGUUUCUCCGACCGUGUCUCGACGAGGUGGCGGCGGCGGCUGAGAAGGAAAGGGCUGAGACUACCACCGAGGACACCGCCGUUGGAAAAAUGCAACACGAGCACACAGGGGGCAUAGCGACACCAUCGGAGUACUUUACAGGUGAAGUGUUUUCCGGUUGGCGCCCGCUUGACUUUGACCAUGAUGCCAGUGACACGCGGACGCGCGAUGCCGCUACCAGCACCAGCCGCCUUACAAAGGCGGUGAGUGAGGAAGGGGACACGGAGCGAAAACGGAUGUUGUGCGAAUCGUUUCCUUCUUUCACACCCCAGGUGCUAUUGCAGGGUUUCUACAGAAAUGAUAUUCUUUUGGAGGUGACACAAAGAAAACGGAUCAAGCGGCUGCGUGAUCCUAUAACGGGUGACAUUGUGGAAGAAACACGCAUGCCAGACGACAUUGCUGGCAAACAGACUAAGGCAACUGUUGUGGGCAUUGUGUCUCGCGAAGUGGAUAUAGUGAGGCCUGCGGAUUUCUGUUUUUCACCAUUCUCAAAAGACCAGGUGUCAGCUGCACCGGCACUCUGUAGCGUGAACCUUUUUCCCCCAGCACAUUUUGUUGCAGAGAAGACCCCGUUCGAAGUGGAGUGCGAAUUCAGUGGUCACUUGGCGGGAAAAAGGUCUCUCUCACGGGACGGCGCAGCAUGCGGGGAGGGAGGCGAGCAACCGCUUCAAUGGGAAUUUGAGGCAAUGCCAACCUUGUCGGUUAUGGCAAAUGAUCCGAACAUUCCACCGCCCAUGCUCCCCACCCAGAAGGACUUACUUUGCCGCUUAAAUGGCGGAGACGAUGCGGAUGACUGCGUGGAGGUGCGAACGGUGCGGAGCCUUUUGGAGGAACGCCCUGUUUGGAUAGCGCAGGAACUUCUUGACGCCAUUCUUCAGUCGGGGGUUUGCCCACGCACACACAUCAACAAGAAGGCCAUGUCUUGUCUAACGUAUGUCAUAAAAAAUGGACCCUUCAAUCGUCUUCGCGUUCGGCUUGGGUUUGACCCUUACGCGGACCACACGACAGCUUCACUGCAGCGUAUUGCGGUAAAGAUAAACCGUCGCUCUGAACUUGGCACGCUGCUGCGCGACAUUAGCCGCGUACCGCGCAUAGCGGAUGUGAUGAGAGAACUGGCGAAAGGGCAUGUCGACGACGAACUGCCGCAGGCCCAGGCAAACGCAGAGAGCAAGGACGACAAGACUCCACUUCAGUAUCGCCCGAGGGGUUCGUUUUUUGAGAAAAUGGCGAAGGUUAUUCAAGAAGGGCGGCUUUAUGUGGCACUCCAAAUCUUAGACUUGAGUGGGGACACGUUCUUCAAAGAGUUGCUCCUGAAAGUGCCCGCUGCGACGGCGAUGCCCCUGGAGAACCGGUCGGGGCGAAACGGGUGGAUCAGCGAGGGCGGCUAUCAUCUGGCGGCCGCUCGCAUCACAGAGGCGAUUUCGGGGAUGAUAAAGGACGAGGUCGCCCCGGCGCUCGAACGAAGCGGGGGAGGCGACAGUUUUGAUCGACGGCGGCGGAGGGAUGCCAGCCAGUCCCCUGACUCCCCCUCGGCCUCCGACGCGGAAGGCGGAGCCUCGCUCGAAAGCGCCCCGUCCGCCGCGGCCGUCUCCCCCACGGGCGUCGGGGAGGACCGCGGUUUUGAGUAG